GGACCCUGGCAAGCUUCCUGUCUGCAGAGCACAAGACAACACGCUUCUACAGAGAGAACCAGGUUUCCAAUUGGUGCCAACAUAUGGAACCGAAGUGAAACCAUACUCCCUAAUUUUAAACAUUUGAGAAACGGGGCUCAGAUGAUCAAGAUGAAAGCUGUCAUCUUUGUAGCUGUUGGAGCACUGUUUCUGUCACCUGCUUCCUGUCAAAGUGGCAUGGAAUGUGAUGCAGACAACUUGGCAAAGCCAACCUUACCUAUUAAGACCUUCCGUGGAGCUCCCCUGAAUUCUUUUGAAGAGUUCCCCCUUUCUGCCAUAGAAGGCUGGACAGGAGCCACCACAACUGUAAAAAUUAAGUGCCCUGAAGAAAGUGUUUCAAAUCUCCAUGUGAAUAAUGCUACCAUGAGGUACCUGAGCAGCUCUUUAAGUACCAGACUGAUACCUGCCAUCUACAUCCUGGUGUUUGUAGUAGGUGUGCCAGCCAAUGUGGUGACCCUGUGGAUGCUCUUCUUCAGGGCCAGAUCCAUCCGUAUGAACGUCUUCUACGCCAACCUGGCCAUUGCAGACUUUCUUUUUUGCGUUACAUUGCCCUUUAGAAUAGCAUACCAUCUCAAUGGGAACAACUGGGUAUUUGGAGAGGUCAUGUGCCGGGCCACCACAGUCAUAUUCUAUGGCAACAUGUACUGUUCCAUUCUGCUCCUCGCCUGCAUCAGUAUCAACCGCUACCUGGCCAUUGUCCAUCCUUUCACUUACCGGGGGCUGCCCAAGCGCACCUAUGCUUUGCUAAUGUGUGGAUUGGUGUGGACAACGGUUUUCUUAUAUAUGCUGCCAUUUUUCAUUCUGAAGCAGGAGUACUAUCUUGUCCAGCAGGACAUCACCACCUGCCAUGAUGUCCACAACACAUGCGAGUCCUCGUCUCCCUUCCAACUCUACUACUUCAUCUCCUUGGCGUUCUUUGGAUUCGUAAUUCCAUUUUUGGUCAUUAUCUACUGCUACACAGCCAUCAUUUGGACGCUUAAUGCAAAAGAUCGUAGGUGGUUGUGGUAUGUUAAGGCGAGAUGCCCAACGGAGAGGAGGCAUAGCAUGGACCCCAGCAAGGCUUCUGAGUGCCCUGGAGAGGUGCUGUGGAACUCCAUCUUCACCUAGAUCCCUUAGAUUGGGAUGCUCAGGAGGGGACCUCCACUGCUUGCCUAUAAAAGGUUUGUGGAGUUAGUUUCACCUUAACGACAAACACCCAUGUGGCUGUUGGCAGAGAGAAACCCAGGUCUGUCUCUAUCUUGCACCCAGAAGAUCCCAACUUGUGAACAGAGUAAAGUAAACCUGUGUCGAGUAAAGACCUUGUGACAAAGACAUCACUCACCACCCACUGACCUGUGUGGCAGCCAGAAGUGCCCACAAAAAUACUAGCUACAUUAUUUCAGCACUUUUUUGGGGUGACAUGCUCCAUGUCAAAUGCUCUACACUUAUUCAUACACACACUAUAAUCAAUGUAAU